ACCGACCCUUCCCGGACAUCCCGAACCGAACCUGAACCGACCCUUCCCGGACAUCCCGAACCGAACCUGAACCGACCCUUCCCGGACAUCCCGAACCGACCCCUCCCGGUGCUCCCGGAGAUCCCGAACCGACCCGUCCCGGUGCUCCGGUCCCAGCACCGGCUCCAACCCAAAGACCCUGCCGGCGCCGCCGCCCCCCGCCCCUGUCCCGGUGCAUCCCGGUGCUCCCGGUGCUCCCCCCGGGAUGGAGCCCCCGGCUCUGCUGGCGCUGGCCCUGGGCACCCUGGGGGUCAUCGCAGCCCUCUCCGAGGACCCCGAGCUGUUCCCACCUCAGUUCCCGGAACUGGGGAUCCCGUUCAACGUCACCUGCGCCGUCAGCUCCGGCUCGGCCGCCGAUUUCACCAUCACCGCCGACAACCGGAGCUUCCCGGUGACGCUGAGCCAGGACAGGCGCCGGGCCACGGCUGUAGUCACCGUCAACCGCACGGGCAACGUCCGGCUGUGCUGCACAGUCGGCGUGGGCGGCGUGGAGAGACGGGCGAGCAGGAACGUGGGGAUCUACUACGUCCCCGUGCCGGAGCUGAACGUUUCCAGCCAGCGACCGAGCGCGGGCUCCGAGCUGCGGAUCCUCUGCUCCCUUCCCCCGGGAGCCACGGCCGAUGUCCAGGUGCGGAUCCUGAGCGGGAACCGCGUCCUGGGGGAUUGGGGGCGGCCGCCGCUGGAAUCGGCGCUGCGGCCGAGCCGGGAGGACGCGGAGCUGGAGCUGAGCUGCGAGGCCGAGCUGCAGAACAUCUCCCGGAAAAGCUCCAGGAGGAUUUGGGUGCUGGCGGAACCCCGUCUGGACGCCUCGGGGUGCCCGUCGCAGCAGAACUGGACGGAGGGCGAGGCCGGGACCCUGACGUGCCGAGCCUCGGGCCGGCCGCAGCCCCAGGUGCGCUGCUCCAAGGACGGGAAUUCCCUUCCCGCCGGAAUUCCGCAUCCCGCGCUCCGCCAGCACGCCGGGAUCUACCGGUGCCGCGCCACCAACGAGCUGGGCACGGCCGAGCGCGACGUCACCGUCUGGGUCCAGCACUCCAACCCCAUCCCGCUGCUCCCGCUGCUCCUGGGGCUGCUGCUGCCGGCUCUGGCCCUGCUGGCCUUGGCCACCUUCCUCUUCCUCCACCGCCGGGCCACCAAAAUCGGCCACUACUGGCUCUGGAAGCGACAACCGCCACCGCCGGGCCCUCGGCCACCGCGACCACCGCGUUCGGCUGCGGCCGCUCCCGACGGAUCCGCGGUGCCGUAACCGGGACAGGCGGGACCCCCCUGCCCAGCCCGAGGGCAGCGGGCCGGGAUCGGUGAGAUCCGGUGGCGCCGGAUCUCCGCCCUUUGUGCUCCCCGAGGGUCCUCUGUUUGUUUUUGGGGUGGAUUCGGUGGUUUUUGGGGGUGUCCAGGAGUCCCUGGAGUGGAAUUUCCCGGGAUUUUG